UCUUUGCGCGCGCGCAGUGACGUUCCCAGCCCGACCUGAUCUUUCGGACCCUAAUCUCAUCAGCUCUCCAUUGGGACGCUGCAUCACCCCCACCGGCGCCUCCGUAACUUUUGUGGUAUUCUUAGUAUUUGUCCCGUGUGAAGCGGUGGCACUUUGGACUGCGUGUACGAUGAGCAUUUGAGAGCACUGGAGCGAUGGCGAGCCGCAACUGCACACGGACGCGGACCUCUUUCUUACUGCACUUUGUCCUCUUUGCGAUUUGCUGCUUGGCCACCCGCAGCACCGCCGCCAGGAGGUCCAGUGCCAGGAGAGCUGAUCGUUUGAGUCCUCCGUUGGACAUCCAGUUGGAGAGCGUCAACUGCAGUGCCUUCAGCGUGCGAUGGAAGAUGCCACGGAGACAUGUCAGCACCAUCACCGGAUACAAGAUAUUCUACACUGAGUUGAAAAAUGGCCGUCCCCAAGGUACAGCCUCUGUAAAGGAUGUCCCUCUUAGUGUGGAUAUGCUGACUACGGGCCAAUUUGAUGGACAGGCAAAUUUUGAUGUGGAUAUAGGUAACCUAAAGGUGAACACCAAGUACCGAGUGAGCGUCGGUGCCUACGGUUGGGCUGGCGAGGGUCGACCCAGUAUGCCCCGAGACGUCGGCACGGCCUCGCAUGAUACGUGCAUGCCACCUUCUCCCCCGACCGAGCCCAUCGUCGUGGCGAUAUCUGACACGGAGUUGGCGUUGUCGUGGCAGCAAGGGGAGAGCGAGGGCAGCGCGCCCAUCCACCACUUCCUGGUUGCUUACAUCAGGCCGGAAAUGGACACGGAGUGGACAUACAUCCGCGAGCCCAUCGAGAGCAACUCCAUGGUUCUGAAGGGCCUCAUACCCGAGACCGAAUACCAGUUUGUCAUCCGAGCCGUCAACGUGCACGGGGCGAGCCCGCCAAGCCACGUCAACAAUCCGGUGCGCACCCUGGGAGCCUCAGACGUGGGCAGCGGUGAUUACGGACGUUACUUCACGGAUACGCAGAUCAAGGACGAUGACGGUUUUGACAUGGACGACUCAGACUAUGAUAUAUUUAUUGAGGAACUGAAGCCGUUCCCCGGUAUCGGCCAAGACAGCGGCAAGUCGCAGCUUCGCUCUCGUUCUGGUCCGUCGGGUCAGAACAUUGUGUACCGCAUGAACACCGUGGCGUCCCCCAAUUCCACAACGUUACCUUCAGCUUCUCCCUCCACCACCACUUCCACCACUACGUCAGCCAUCUUCCCGGAUUUCUCAGAUCUGAUUUUUCCUACCAGCACAGAGCGCGAGGUCAUAACCACUACCACCACCACUUCAAGCACGGCUACGGCUGCACCCACCGCCGCUGUCACCAUGUCCCAGUGGAAGGGCGGCGUCCCUCGAGUGUACCAACUGACUUGUGAUGACACCGUGUGCCCCCCUGACAGCUUUUGCCUUGCAGACUUGGAAAGGGGAGGCUCGAGAUGCCACUGCAACCUCGGACGUGCCGGUGACACUUGUGCUCAAGAGGUGUCCGUCAAGUUUCCCAGGUUCUAUGGCUACUCUCACAUGACCUUUGAACCCCUGAAGAACUCCUACCAGACCUUUCAGAUCUCGGUGGAGUUCAAGGCGGAUGCCGAGGAUGGCUUACUGUUGUACUGUGGUGAGAACGAACACGGCCGUGGCGACUUCGCCUCUUUGGCCCUGCUGCAAGGCAAGCUACAUUACAGGUUUAACUGCGGAACAGGCGCCGCUCAGAUCGUAAGUGAGAGCCGCGUGGUCAUCGGUCAGUGGCAUACGGUCACCAUCUUCAGGGAUGGCACAAGUGGCUGGUUGCGGCUGGACAAUGACACGCCCAUAUCUGGUCGAUCACCGGGCCAGUACAGCAAGAUCACGUUCCGCUCACCGCUCUAUGUCGGCGGAGCUCCGAGCGCUUACGGGCUGGCGAGAGCGACGGGCGCCACUGGAGGCUUUAUGGGCUGCAUCCAAAGCUUGAGCCUCAACGGCAUGGCUACCGACGUCAGACCGUGGCCGCUGGGCAGAGCGCUGAGCGGCGCUGACGUAGGCGAGUGCAGCGAGAGCGUGUGCGACGUGGUGAGCUGCGGAAACGGCGGCAAGUGCCUUGCCAACCGUGCCGACGACUUCAUCUGCCUCUGUCCGCUCGGCUUCAGGGGAGAGCUGUGCCAAGAUAGCUUCUCUCUGUCCUCACCGCUCUUCAACGAGACAAUGUUGUCUUACGCCAUGGUGCCAUGGCCUCAGCCCUCCCAGAGCUAUUUGUCCUUCAUGGAGUUCGAGAUGACAUUCCGACCGUCAGCGCCCGAUGGCACCCUGCUCUACAGCGACGAUGACAGCAGUGGUGACUUCUUGGCAAUCAACCUGCUGGAUGGAUACGUGGAGUUCAGAUUCGACUGUGGUUCGGGAGGGGCUGUUUUAAGGAGUGAGGAGCAGAUUGAUAUGGACGCGUGGCAUGAGCUGAGGGUGUCCCGCACGGCGAAAAGUGGAAUCCUGCAAGUGGACAGUCAGAAGGCAGUGGAAGGCUUUGCUGAGGGAGCUUUCACGCAAAUCAACUGCAGCUCUGGACUUUACAUCGGUGGGGUAGCACUGUAUGAGAAAACCAAGAAAACGGCGGGCGUCAGGAAGGCCUUCACUGGAAUGAUUCAAAAGUUGGUUCUGAACGAUCGGACCAUUGACAUGACGAGCGGCUCAGCGAGUGGCGUCAAUGUGGCCAACUCGGAGCACCCGUGUGUUCAAAACCCUUGCGCCAACGGCGGCACCUGCAGGCCUAAGUGGGACGCCUACGAGUGUGAUUGCCCCCUCGGAUACGACGGCAGACAUUGCCAGAAAGAGUGUGGAAACUACUGCUUGAACACUGUGACGGAAGCCAUUGAGAUCCCCCAGUUCAUGGGUCGCAGUUACCUCACCUAUGACAACAGGGACAUUGUCAAAAGGGUGUCAGGUUUGAGGAACAACGUGUUCAUGCGCUUCAAGAGCAGCGCCAGUGACGGCCUGCUGCUGUGGAGAGGAGACACCCCCAUGAGAGCCAAUAGUGACUUCCUGUCUGUCGGCCUGCGGGAUGGCGCACUCAUCUUCAGUUACAACCUGGGCAGUGGUGCGGCGAGCAUCGCGGUCAACGGAACCUUCACUGAUGGGAAAUGGCACAGACUCAAAGCUGUCAGGGAUGGUCAGUCCGGUAAGCUGACCGUGGAUGAUUAUGGUGCCAAAACAGGCCGGUCGCCAGGCAAGAUGAGACAACUCAACAUAAACGGCCCCUUAUAUGUCGGAGGCAUAAAGGAGAUUGCCCUACACACCAACCGGCAGUACGUAGGCGGCUUGCUAGGCUGUGUGUCGCACUUCACGCUGUCCACCGAUUACCACGUGGCGCUGGUGGAAGACGCCACUGACGGCAAGAACAUCAAUACGUGCUCUACUUAGGCCACUGCAGCCACCUUUUCAGAACUUUUUCUGUCUCCAAAAACUGGAACGACGGUGGUUAGCCGUGGAAAAAAAACGUUUAAUGCCACAUGGCUAAUUUGGGUCUUUGCAAGAACUUUUGAUCUGGGAUGGUUGCAGCCACGCGUCUAUUUUUUCUACUGCAAAUCCUUAUUUGAUUGCUGGAAGGAGCGACUGAUCCGCGGGAUCGAGCAUUAUGUGUUUGUUUGUUUGUUUUUCAGCGACCUGAUCUAGAGCACCUAGCGGUCAUCAAGUCGGUGUAGGGGAUUUGGUUGGGCCCUUAGGAACCUUAAUUCCCUCACUUUUCAUGCCCCUCUUUUGUCUUCUUGUGCUCAUGUAGACAAAGAGAUAGUUGGCUAAAGUGAAGCGCGUAGCAGCAUUUGUGUUUUUUUAGUGUUAGCCGUGAUGUUUUGUACAAAGAAAUGCUUGCCAGUUCCUAUUCCUGAUCACGAAUGCUUGGAACAGGAAGUAAGAAAAUGGCUCAAAGUUCAAAGGGCGCAAUUAUAACUGACCCACAGGCCAACAAAGAAAUUGCAAAGGGAAAAAUAUGUGCUGUGCUAGUAGACAUAAAGCUGACAGGAACAGGAAGUCAGACCAGACAAACAACCCAAUUCUAUUUAACAGAAAUCUAAUCGUAUCAAGCUAGCACAUGAAACAUCAGUCAGACAGCCUUACAUUUAUUCUAAAACUUAACAACGGAAGUCAAAUUGAAUGCAAUGAGCAGAUUUGGUACCAUAGAUCCACAGAAUGACUCAAGUUCCUGUUCCUAGUCACUUGCUGGUUGAGUCGUAUUCGGAAUUUGUCCUAACUGUCCCAAAGGCGAAUUUAAAAAAAGAAUGUCAUUAAUCGGUCACUGCCAGAAAGCUGCUUGAAUGACAACGUCCUUGCCCCUGCAACAGACUGCUAGCAGCAACAGGAACAGACUAGAUCUCUUGGUUCUGUUGUGUUACUGUUUGUACGCCAGGCCUUCUUCCUGUGGCACCAAAUGAGUUGGGCCAUGCGAGGUGAAGCUCAACAAAUUGACAGUCAUGAGUCAGCCGUGAAUAAUAUGCAGAAGCUUCCGUUUUUUUCAGCAAUAUAAAGCAAAUGUCGGCAAUCACCUCUGGUCAUUUUAUUAGUUUUUAAUAAGUAUGUCACAUUGAAACUGAAUGACUUAAACAAGACCUUUUAAAUAUCUAUUUUUAUUUGAAUUUUAACUAAAACAAAGAAAAUGAGGCUAGUACCGUAGAUUUGCUGGCAACAUUUUUUUGUUGUUUUCUAUUAUUUUAUAAUUAAAUAAUAUCAGUAGAUAUGUGGAUGACAAUCUUAGUAUUUUUUUAUCUUUUUGUUUUUCACAAGUUUUUUUUUUUUUUUUCAGUGAUGUUAGCAAACAUGUAGACAGCUUAUUGUUUGAAUUGUAAUUGUUAUUUUCAUUUUUAAAUUAAAGUGGGGAGUUUGCAAUUUUCAAAAA